CACACACACACAUAUUCUUGAAUCACGAAACCGUACAAUUACUCGACCGGCCGUUGAAUUUCACGGCGACAUAUUCAACUGGAGAAGAUCAAAAGUCAUCAAAACAACACUAAGGAUGCGAUCUCCAAGCUCUCUGAAGGAAGAAUUCCUCAAGAAAUGGCAAAUGGGCCUUGAAGUAUGCCGUUCUUCAGUAGAUAAUACGAGCGUUUCAGAGCGAAGAAAGGCGAUAAAGCUCACGGCGGACAUCGCCAUGGCUUCCCUCCGAAAGGGCACGACUUGUUGGAGCCGAGCCCUAAUCGCGAAAGCCGCUAAUUCCAACGACAACUUCGACAAUCUCCUCGUGCGUCGGAUGCUUAGUGGAAUCCAAGCCGAGAAGCUAAUCAACAAGAAGUUACCAAAGACGAUUUGUCACGAGAAGAUCGUGAGACGGAGCAAGAGGUUCUUGAAGAGACCGAGAAGGAGAGACGACGUCAUUUCGAAGAUAGCUAAGAGGCUGGUGAAGAGGAAGACACAAGGGCUGAGGAGUCUUGUCCCGGGAGGAGAGUUCAUGAACGAUGAUGUCUUGUUGAUUAGAGAAACCCUAGAUUACAUCUCGUCGCUUCAGACGCAAGUUGACGUUAUGAGACGUCUUGCUGAUGUUGCGGAGGCCGAAAUGAUCGGGAAAUGAUGUUUUUUUUCCUUCCACAGAGAAAAAAAUGUUUUUUUUGCGAGAUCAACCUGAUCGGAUAAUGGUCGGUAUUUUCGGACAAUGCUAUAUGAUACGAGGUUUAUUAAGAAAUGUAUAAUAGUGAGUUGUAUUUGUA